AUGGGCCCGUUUGUUUGGGUCUUAAUACCACUUAAUAAGGGACGCCCUAAUCCUUUUGUGUUCGGCUCCUUCAAUCGCGUGGCUUCCAUCGACAUCUCCAGCCACCGAAAGAUCUUCCUCCCUAUCGCCAUCUCCUGCCGCCGUCUCAGCCCACCCUACCGCCCCGUCGCAGCCCUCUCAGCCUCGCCAUUAACGACUCCAGCAGCAGCAGCAUCAUCAGGAAACACCCUCAACGUUGGUCUAGUAUCGCCCGGUGCCCUAGUCCCCCGCUCGGAUUCAAAGAUCAGACUUACCAAAUUACAGAAAGAAAAUGGGGAAAAUGUCAUAAACCAAACGGAGUUAGGGCAGUUUCAAUUGAGUGUGAGCGCGCCACAUUCACUCGACCUCCUUCUCUAUCUCCCAAUUAAACCCCUCUCCCUUUUUUACUUCACUAAUUUUGAAUCGAUAACGAACGAAGAACAGGUCACCUGA